AAGCGCGUCGUCUGCUGGGGAGGCGGGCCACCACGGCCAGCACAAGCACUCGACCGGCAGGGCGGCAGUGUUUCGGAGCGUGCGCGUGAGUGUAGGCGAGCUGCGUAGCACUGCGUGGCACUGCGUGGCGUGAGUGACCAGUGGACCGGUGCCGGAUCGGCCGAACACAGUAGCAGACGACCCGUCCAACCUGCCGCCGCGCCGCCCACAACAACAACAGAGACGGCAGCAGACCGCAGCAGACGCGCCGGGCACACCAAGCACAUCAGCAGGCAACAGCGCGGGACCAGCCACCAUGAAGCUCCAGUCGACUGUGGACAUGAUGACCCUGAACGCCACGGCCAGGGGGCCUUCCCUCACCCCCCUGCACGACAAGAACAGGACCAAGAAGGUGGAGGAGGCCGUGGACGGGCUGCGCCUGGACGCCGAGACGGUGCUCCGAGUCCGCAGGGUCUUCGAGGAGGAGAUGGAGAAUGGGCGCCUCAACAAGCCUUCGUCGCUGCAGAUGGAGAACACCUUCAUUCCCGAGCUGCUCGACGGCACAGAGACGGGCUCCUUCCUGGCGCUCGACCUGGGCGGCACCAACUUCAGAGUCAUGGUGCUGGACCUCAAGGCCGGCAAGGUGGUGGACGAAGCCAUCUCCUUCUACCACGUCGAGGAGCACCUGCGCAUCGGCUGCGGGUUCCGCCUGUUCGACUACCUGGCCGAGUGCAUCGCCGACUUCGUGCACAAGCAGAACCUCGGUAGCGGCCGCCUUCCCCUAGGCUUCACCUUCUCCUUCCCCAUGACGCAGGACGGCCUGGACGUCGGCAAGCUGGUGACGUGGACCAAGACCUUCAACUGCCCCAACGUGGUGGGCAUGAACGCCGUGCAGCUGCUGCGUGAGGCGCUGCAGCGCCGCGGCGACACCAACGUGGACGUGCUGGCCGUGCUCAACGACACGGCGGGCACGCUCGUCCGGGGCUCCUACCUGGACCGCGAGUGCGCCAUCGGCCUCAUCCUGGGCACCGGCAGCAACGCCUGCUUCCUGGAGAAGGCCGAGAAGGCCAAGAACGCGUCCAGCCUGACGCACGGCGAGAGCGAGAUCAUCGUGGACAUCGAGUGGGGCGCCUUCGGCGACAACGGCUCCCUCGACUUCAUCCGCACCGAGUUCGACGACCAGGUCGACGAGGUGUCCGUCAUCCCCGGCUCCUUCACGUUCGAGAAGUACAUCGGCGGCAAGUACCUGGGCGAGCUGGUGCGGCGAGUGCUGCUGAGGCUCGUCAAGGACGGGCUGCUGUUCAGCGGCCAGCUCACCCCGGAGCUCAACACGACCUGGGCCUUCACCACCUCCAUGGUGUCGCACAUCGAGCAGGACAACCUGGACGGCCUGCACAGGAACACCAAGGACAUCCUGGACGGCUUCAACCUCAACUUCAACUCCGACGACAUCCUCGUGGUCCAGUGGGUGUGCCAAAUCAUCUCCAACCGGUGCUCGCUUCUCGUCUCAAUCUGCCUGGCCUCACUGCUCGACCGCAUGGAGAAGCCGACGGCCACCAUCGCCGUAGACGGGUCGUUGUACCAGAAACACCCCCGCGUCAAGGGGCUCCUGGAGAAGUACACCAGCAUGCUGGCGCCUGAGAGAAAGCGGAAGUUCCUGCUGGCGGAGGACGGAAGCGGCAAGGGCGCCGGUCUGGUGGCCGCCAUCGCAGAGAAGCUUCGCCUCCGGAACAACAACUGCAGCCUGUGAGCGGCGAGGGGCGAGGCAAGAAGGGAGCUGCAAGUUUGAAAAGCGUCGCGCGGAUGAACGCACGCUCUCUAGUCUCUCUAGGCUGGCUAGAGUCCUCGGCUGGCGGCGGGGCGUCGGGGCGGAAGGGCACAGAGCCACCCCCUCACCGCACCGCGCCCGGAAGCCCCAACCCCCAUCCACCCCAUCCAAGCCGCCUGCCAGUACAAGUGCAUGUACAUUCCUGGGCUGCGAGCCCAACAACCCUCCGGGGCCCCCCGCACUCGGGCCUGCGUUGCUAGUCAUUUGUAAUUUAGCCUCUGUCACUGGGCCCUGGGCCCGGGGCCCACCUCUGUUAAGUUUUUACGUAAGUUUUAGACUAGUUUUAAGUUUUAGAAUAUAGCGCGGUCGCCUGCCCUGGCCGCGGCGACGAGCGGGGGCCGUCCAAGAAUGCGCUGGCCAAGCCUGGGCGAGGCCGCCGCGUUGUGGGACGGUCCCUCCGUCGCAGAGUGCCAUAGUGCCAUAGUCUAGGGCACCGACUUGGCGGUGGAGUCACUCGCGACCUUACUCCGUACUUGGAAUCUGUGAUGUUAGCGAAGCCAACCCCUCCCGGGGGCGCGGCUCUUAAGGAAGUGUCAGGCCUACGCGUCGACUGAUGAAUGUUGUUGUUAGGAAGUGGAACGGUGCAAUUCCAGUGUCGACUUUAGAAUCUAGAACCGCCCUGCACUCACGGUGCAGCCUUGUCGUCGGCGCACUGCGGAGUCGCGGAGUCACUCACUAGAGGACUAUUUUGUACAAUAAUGUGUGUGGAUGCUCACCUCAAUGUAACUGUAAUACUCUCACGUAUCAAAUGUAUAAAUAACAGAGAUAAAUCAUAUUUCUUUAUAAGAA